CGCGCCCUCGCCCCUCCAGCUCUGCACAGCCGCUUUUCAGUAAAGCCCCAGCUUGCUCCGGCCCCAAGCUCAGCGGGAGACCGCGGCGGCUCUGUGGGCUCCGCAGCAGUUGCACACACCAUUUUCUCUCGAUGGAAGGCCAACGCCGAAUCCUCCAUUGUCAGCGGCGACUCUAAGCAGGCUGAAGCGGUCCCUGGUCCCAAGCCCGCCCCCUUCGCCCCAGUCCCCCGGCUGCAGCAAGCGGCAUGUGACACACGUCAGUGUCGCAACAGCCAGGACUUAAUGAACUUCCAAUCUCAUGAAAGACCCGGCGCGACUCUAAAAGAGAAUAUCAGAGGGUGUGGGACACAAUCCCUAGGAAUGCGGAUUGGCGGAUGGCACAUGCGCGCCCCAGCAGCUUGCAAGCAGCUAGCCCCCAUGCCGAACGCGGCCCUGGCCGCGCCGGGUACUGUUAGCGCCCGGCAUCGCCGCCCUAGCAACAGCUCGCUGCAGCCGCGAUUUGCUCGCGCGUCAGCAAUGCUGCCGGUCUUGAUCGCGGCACUGGUCGCUGCUUCGCAGCUGGCAGCGGCGACGCGGCGCCCCGAGCAGCCGAAGCCGUCGCCGGCUUACGACGGCAAUGGCAACCAGGAUUCGUGUUUGCACGGCUGCGGAGAGAACUAUAAGCCGGUCUGCUGCAACGGGAAAUGCGAAAAGGGCCCAGAGUUCACUGCAUACGAGUUCUGCCCCUCGCCGCCGUCGGGCGCCGGCGCCUACACCUCGCCGCCCCCCCAGCAGCCCUCGUGCAACCCCGACACGUACCCGUACGUCAACCUGACGUACUACAACCCCCGCGAGUGCCGUACCUACACGCUCUUUGACGUGAACGCGGGCUGCAUGCCGCACUGGGACAAGGCCAAGCGCUACUGCGAGGGCAUUGGCCAGGAGCUGGCGCCCUGGGGCGACUCCGAGUCCGAGGACUCGUGCCGCAAGCUGUGCGCCGCCAACCGCUACACGUGCUGGAUGGGCGGUGACGCACCGGAGGGCCUGUGCAACCUCAUGACCCAGGAGGGCUAUGGCGUGCAGCAGGCCUGCAAGCAACCCGUGCGCUUCGUGUGCCGCACCAAGGAUUCCCGCUGCCCCUACCCGCCUCCCCCUCCUCCUCAGAGCUGCUACGACAAGUGUGUGUACGACAACCCCUGGGUGAACACGGAUGUGCCGUACUGCGACCCCCAGGGCAAGCCCUACCGCAACUACUGCGACGGCCACUGCAAGUGCACCGAGGAGAUCAAGCCCUGCGCGCCACCAGCCUAUUCCCCGCCGCCGCCCUCCCCGUCUCCGCCGUCACCUGAGCCUCCGUCGCCCGAGCCUCCGUCGCCGGAGCCUCCGUCGCCGGAGCCUCCGUCGCCGGAGCCGCCCAGCCCUUCGCCCGUGCCCAUCGGGCAGCCGCCUGCCUAUCCGCCUGCCUACCCUCCGCCCUACCCUCCUCCACCCAGCCCUCCGCCGCCCCCGCCGCCCAGCCCACCUCCCCCGCCGCCGCCCAGCCCGCCCCCGCCUCCCCCGCCCAGCCCGCCCCCGCCCCCACCCAGCCCUCCCCCACCCAGGCCCCACCCGCCCAGCCCCCCGCCAGAAUGCAAGGUCUGCAUCUAUGUCUACAUCGUUGCCACGCCCAAGCCGGAGUCAAGCCCGCCUUUCCGUUACACCAACGAAUCCUGCACCUACAUUAGCAACAUGGUCACGAGCGCCCUGGGCGACGCCUCAGCCUCGAAGGGCGUCAACCUCAUCGCUCCCUUCGCUCUCAAGGAGUGCGGCGGCAAAGGCGUCAAGGUCUGUGCCACCUUCUUCUCAGCUGCCGAGGCCCAGAAGCUGCAGGCCGAGGUAACCGCGCUGCUACAGGCCCUGAACGCCUACGCCGCCAAGAGCUGCAGCAGCGCCAUGCUGUACGGCUACACGCUCGGCGUGAAGGUGAUUGGAUCCCAGUCUUCGGAGGUGUGCCUGACUGGCAGCGUACGGCACACGUGCCCCUAUCCCAGCCCUCCGCCCCCUCCACCGCCCAGCCCGCCUCCGCCGCCGCCGCCGAGCCCUCCUCCUCCUCCUCCUCCACCCAGCCCUCCGCCGCCGCCGCCGCCGAGCCCUCCGCCGCCGCCGCCAAGCCCUCCGCCGCCGCCGCCGCCAAGCCCUCCGCCGCCGCCGCCGCCCAGCCCUCCACCCCCGCCGCCACCGAGCCCUCCUCCACCCAGCCCAGCGCCACCCUACCCGACGCCUCCCAGCCCCGUUCCGCCUAGCCCUCCGCCGCCCUAUCCCCCACCGCCCAGCCCGCCCCCGCCCCCGCCUCCCAGCCCUCCUCCUCCGCCUCCGCCAAGGCCUCCUCCGCCGCCCCCGCCCAGCCCGCCGCCGCCUCCUCCCCCCAGCCCUCCGCCCCCUCCUCCCCCCAGCCCUCCACCCCCUCCUCCCCCCAGCCCACCCCCGCCACCGCCUCCCCGCCCCUCGCCGCCUCCGCCUCCUCCGCCCUGCCGCGUCUGCAUCGAGAUAUACAUCGCCGCGACGCCCAAGCCAGAGUCGAGCUCGCCUUUCCGCUAUGCGCAACAGGACUGCACGUAUCUCAGCCCUCUGAUCACCGGGCCCCUAAACAACGCUUCUGCCUCAAAGGGCCUUGGCAUAACGUCAAACUUCACGCUAACCAGGUGCAGUGACAAGAGCAUCAAGGUUUGUGCGAGCUUCUCCUCGGCUUCCGAGGCAAGGAAGCUGCAGCCGGAGGUGGACGAGCUGCUCAAAGCACUGAAGGACCUGGCUGCCGGCAGCUGCUCCCACGAAACCUACGGCUACACGCUGGGCAUCAGGAUCAUCAGCGAGGGCGGCGCUAAGGAGGAGUGCCUGAAGGGCUCCUUCACGCACUACUGCCCCUACCCCAGCCCGCCUCCGCCGCCGCCUCCCAGCCCUCCACCUCCGCCCCCGCCCAGCCCGCCCCCACCCCCGCCUCCCAGCCCUCUGCCUCCGCCCCCGCCCAGCCCACCGCCCCCUCCUCCGCCCAGCCCGCCCCCGCCCCCGCCACCCAGCCCGCCGCCGCCUCCCCCACCCAGCCCGCCGCCGCCGAGCCCGGAGCCUCCCAGCCCCGCUCCCGCAUACCCACCCUCGUACCCGCCGUCAUACCCGCCCAGCCCUCUGCCCCCUACGCCGCCUCCCCCAUCACCUUCGCCGCCCUCCCCGUCGCCUCUGGGCUGCUACGAGCAGUGCAUCUACAACAACCCCUGGUCCAAGGACGGCGUGCCGUACUGCGACCCCCAGGGCAAGGCCUACAGCAACUACUGCGAGGGACACUGCAAGUGCACGGAGCCGUUGCACCCCUGCGCGCCGCCGCCGGCCUCCUCCCCGCCGCCGCCCUCGUGCAACCCCGACACGUACCCGUACGUCAACCUGACGUACUACAACCCCCGCGAGUGCCGUACCUACACGCUGUUCGACGUGAACGCGGGCUGCAUGCCGCACUGGGACAAAGCCAAGCGCUACUGCGAGGGCAUUGGCCAGGAGCUGGCGCCCUGGGGCGACUCCGAGUCCGAGGACUCGUGCCGCAAGCUGUGCGCUGCCAACCGCUACACGUGCUGGAUGGGCGGCGACGCACCGGAGGGCCUGUGCAACCUCAUGACCCAGGAGGGCUAUGGCGUGCAGCAGGCCUGCGAGCAGCCCGUGCGCUUCGUGUGCCGCACCAAGGAGUCAAGCUGCCCCAGUCCUCCGCCGGCUGUGCCGGUUCGCAGCCCCCCGCCGCCGCCGCGUCCCACCGGGCCCAUGAGCUGCUACGACCAGUGCAAGUAUGACAACCCCUGGGUGAACGCGUCCCUGCCGUACUGCGACCCCAACGGAAAGCCCUUCUCUGACUAUUGCGCGGCCAAGUGCCUGUGCAAGGAGGUGACCAGCCCCUGCCGCCCGCCCAACCCCAACCCGCCUGUGACCGAGAUCGGAACCUGCAUCCAGCGCUGCGACAUCAAGUACCCUAACUGGUACGUGUGGGUGUGCGACAAGGACGGCAACGCCUACCAGAACUGGUGCUACGCCGCCUGCCACGAGUGCGAAUACUACACCAUCUGCAAGCCGCCGCAGGCUGAGGCGCCCAGCUCCGACCACACAUGGAUCGCGCUGACCGAGUCAGGCUACUCCUACAAGAAGUGGGUCGACACCACUGGCGCCGGCGUCACAUACGCCGAGGCUGAAGCCAAGUGUGCGGAGCUGGGCACAAACUGGGAGGUGACGCCCUACGACAACGCGGGCUGGGCGGCGUGCAAGCAGCUGUGCUCCUCCAACCAGGCCGGCUGUUGGCUGAAGCGCGGGCGGCCGCUGGACUGCCCCAUAAUCAACACCGCAGGCCAGCUGUCACUGGCGCCGUGCGGCAGCAACGCGCUGCAGGUGGUGUGCCGCCGCAAGCUGUAAGCUGGUGCGGGGGAGGGUUUCGGAUUCAUUGUUUACUAGUUUUUUUCCUCUGGGCACACAUGCUAGCUUUCUUCUCUUAGUUUGUUUUGGGCUUGGUGCGUGGGGCAGCGGCUGCUGCAGUCACGCACGCCCGCGGUCUCGCCGCGCUAGCUCGACCAUCAUCUGCCGCGGCGUGGCUGUGGUGGUUCCGGAUGUACGCGGUAGUGACACGUUGGUAAUAAGCUGCGUGCGCGCAGCACGUGAAGGCGUUACAAGUAGCGGUGUACGCGCCCCACGCACCGGUUUUUGCAAGCAACAUUACAUUACUAUGGGUAUUGUGUAUCAAGGUAGCAGCAUUGUAUGCAGUCCGGGGGUACCAUGCGUCACCUUGACAACUGCUGUUGUGCAGUUCGUUCACGAUUCCUCCGUACGUUGCUUGUGUAUUCGUGGCCUGAUUUUAGUAAGCCCAGAGGCAUGCGCGUGAGCUGCACUCAACUUGGGCAAAAGAUAAUGGGAAGAAGAUGCGGUAUUGUUUGGUCCCAUCACACACGUGGCGCACAAGUUCUAGCCAGGGCGGGCCUGCCGCAUGCGUUAUCCAACGAGCUUGAUGAGAUAAAGUCAUUAUGGUGCCCCAGAGGCGCGACUAGAGGGGUUUCUACUUCUUGACGCAGGGGGGGGCGCGACGUGCAGUGCAUUCGCCGCUCGCAUGCCGCCGUGCUGUUUGCCUGGAUGCUGCCGUUUGGCCGGACUGUACAUGCAUGCCUUGCACUUGCAGACCUAUUGGCUUAUGUACGCGAUGCGCCACUCCGCCGCUUGCGGUGAUUGAGUUCAGAAGACGGAACUAGCUAAAUGGGAGCGAAGUACGGCCCCGAAGAGUGUGAGACGUACGGAGUUUUACUGGGAGGUUUUAAGGUGAUGACGAUGUGCUAGUAGGCGGCAUGGGGAUGAAGCUUACCGACUAUGCGUUGCCGGACUGCGUCAACCCUUGAGCGAUAGUCAUUCUUUGGAAGAUUUUGAAAUGGAGUUGCUUUUGCCGAAGCUACGGAGUAGGG